CGCCAAUAUUGGAAAACGUGAUCACUGUGCACGACUACCCAAAAAAGAAGCAAAAGAAAUUAUGGAUCGCGAGGGUAGAUGCAACAAUCUGUCUUUUUCCGCCGACUUUUCUGUGACCCCGCCACCGUCUCAGGGAUUUUAAACCAGCAGCCAAGAUGCAAAAUGAAGAGGGACAAAACAUGGACCUUUACAUCCCUAGGAAAUGUUCUGCCACAAAUAGAUUAAUUACAGCAAAGGACCAUGCAUCUGUACAAAUCAAUGUUGGGCAUUUGGAUGCAAAUGGCAUGUGCACUGGUCAAUUUACCACCUUUGCACUAUGUGGUUUCAUUCGCGCCCAGGGUGAUGCUGACAGUGGGCUCGAUCGUCUGUGACAGAAGAAGAAAGCUGAACUGCGACAACAAUAGAUGAGGGGUAAAUGAUGACUUUGGUUUGACCUUUGCCAUUUUAGAAGCUUUCUUGCUUAGUCAGCAGAAUUUUUUUGUGUUGUCCUAGUGUGAUGGUGCACGCUUGUUGCCUUUAUUAAGCGAUCUCUGAUUUGGUGUGAGUGAUUAUGUUUGUGAUGGUGCGUACUUUUUUUUUAAUGUCUGGUGUCUUCUCAGUAUCUGAUAUCAUAAGUAUUGAAAGAUGAUCGAUUCUCCUUUUGUUGUUGAAAAGAAUGCAUCCAGUGUAGGAUUGCAUUGAUUUAGUUAAAAGUGUUGAAAUGUCAGUGGAUUCUAUCUGAUCA